AUGCGGUGUCAGCCACGCCAAUUGAACUGUAGAAGUUUAUCUGGGAAGAACUUAUCUUAUGCAGGGAGGAUUCAACUUAUAAAAACUGUUAUCUUGGGUAUUCAAACAUACUGGACAAGUAACUAUAUCUUGCCGAUCAGGGUGUUGGAAAAAAUUGACAUGCUUUGCUCUGCUUUCUUAUGGGGAAGCAAAAUCCAUCUAGUCUCCUGGAUAGAGGUUUGCAAGGAUAAGAAGAUAGGAGGUCUGGGGCUAUUCUCCUCCAAAUUGUGGAAUUAUGCUGCAGCAAUCAAGAUGUUAUGGAUGAUACACUCUAAAAAAGAUCUCUUGUGGAUAAAAUGGGUGCAUGGAAAUUACUCAAAACAACAGGAGAUUUGGCAAGUUCAACCGAGAAAAAGUGAUUCAUGGAUGCAGAGACAAAUCCUAAGGGUGAGGGAUUUGGUAUUGAGGAGGUUUGGGAAUGUGUAUAACCUGCAUAGAAUCAUUGCUAACUGUCACAAUAAUGGGACAAUGAAAAUUUCAUCUGUUUAUAAUGCCAUCUCCCAAUCUUCAGCAACUGUACCCUGGGCGAAAACAGUUUGGGGAGGUUUGCAUUACCCCAAGCAUUCGAUGAUUUUAUGGCUUGCUACUCUAUCGAAGCUUCCGACUAAGGAUAGGUUGUGUCGCAUGUGUAUAUUGGAAAACAACCAGUGUGUUCUCUGUGCUGAUUCUGUAAGUCAUCAAGAAUCUAGAAAUCACUUGUUCUUUGAAUGCCAGUUUUCUUCCUAUGUAUGGAACAAUUUGAUGGCAUGGCUGAAGUAUUCGUGGAGAUCCUGCUGCUGGAAUCAGGUAUUGCGAUGGUAUAGCAACAAUUUGAGGGGGCUUGGAUUCAGAAAGAAACUGAAAAGAAUGAUGUUAUCUGGAGCUGUGUAUUGGAUAUGGAAGGAGAGAAAUCAGAGAAUUUUUCAACAAAAAGCCCGUAGCCCUGAUCAACUUAUCAAGGAAAUAAAGAUUUCAUUACUCUCAAAAGUCCUUAAUGAAGAUGUUCCUGAGUACUUGAAGGAAGAAAUAGCAAAAUUGUAA